ACACGCCGCUGCCUUCGCCCUCCUCAACUGGGCAUGCGCGGCGCGGCGGCGCCUGCGCGCUGGCGGCCCCCGCGCUGGGUGGGGCGGCGCGCGUGCGUAGAAGUGCGCGGCGUUGCUGAGGCGCUGCCGGCAGCUCUAUGGAGCCCUGAGGCUGCGGCCGCGCAGCGGAGGAAACGUUGCCCCAGGGGCGCGGGCGGCAGGAUGGACGGCCCGGCGGCCCUGGGCGGCGGCGAGGAGCCGCUGGGCUCCGGCAGGGCGAACGCGAAGCGGGGCGGGCGCGCCGCCGAGGAGGAGAGCCGCAACAAGCCCAAGCUGAAUAUUCAAAUAAAAACUUUGGCAGAUGAUGUGCGUGACAGAAUAACAAGCUUUAGAAAAUCAGGAGUGAAAAGAGAGAAACCUCUCAUUCAACAUCCUAUUGACUCUCAAGCUUCUAUCAGUGAACUCCCAGUUGCCCAGCCAGUUGUUGAUGAACGUUGCAUGAACUUAUCAGAAAAAGAAGUCAUGGAUCUCUUUGAAAAAAUGAUGGAAGACAUGAAUCUAAAUGAAGAACGUAAAGCUCCCUUAAGAGAUAAAGACUUGACCACAAAACGUGAGAUGGUUGUCCAGUACAUUUCUGCAACUGCCAAAUCUAUAGUCGGAAGUAAAGUUCCGGGUGGACUGAAAAACAGCAAGCAUGAAUGCACGCUAUCCUCCCAAGAAUAUGUUCAUGAAUUGCGGUCUGGAAUUGCAGAGGAAAAGCUGCUUAAUUGCCUAGAGUCUUUGAGAGUGUCUCUAACAAGCAAUCCAGUCAGCUGGGUUAACAAUUUUGGACAUGAAGGUCUUGGACUUCUCUUGGAUGUCCUGGAAAGGCUCCUGGACAAGAAACAGCAAGAAAGUAUUGAUAAGAAGAAUCAACAUAAACUUAUCCAGUGCCUCAAAGCAUUUAUGAACAACAAAUAUGGCUUGCAAAGGAUUCUAGGAGAUGAAAGAAGUCUUUUAUUGUUAUCAAGAGCAAUUGAUCCAAAGCAACCUAACAUGAUGACAGAAACAGUGAAAAUACUUUCUGCUAUCUGCAUUGUUGGGGAGGAAAAUAUUCUUGACAAACUUUUAGGAGCUAUAACAACUGCUGCUGAAAGGCGCAAUAGAGAACGGUUUUCACAAAUUGUUGAAGGGCUGGAGAACCAUGAAUUUUUACAACUGCAGGUAGCCUGUAUGCAGUUCAUCAAUGCCCUUGUUACAUCUCCAGAAGAUCUUGAUUUCAGGAUACACUUGAGAAAUGAGUUUUUACGUUGUGGGCUGAAAAAAAUAUUGCCUGACUUGAAAGAUAAGGAAAAUGAAGAGCUUGAUAUUCAGUUGAAAGUGUUUGAUGAAAACAAAGAAGAAGACUUAAUUGAGCUGUCACAUCGUCUCAGUGAUAUCAGAGCUGAAAUGGAUGAUAUUAAUGAAGUAUAUCAUCUGUUGUAUAAUAUGUUGAAAGAUACAUCUUCUGAAAACUACUUUCUGUCAAUUCUCCAACAUUUCCUUCUGAUCAGGAAUGAUUAUUAUGUUCGACCUCAGUAUUACAAGAUAAUAGAAGAAUGCGUUUCACAGAUAAUAUUGCACUGCAGUGGCAUGGACCCAGAUUUUAAAUGUAGAGGAAGACUGGAUGUGGAUCUUAGUCACCUUAUUGAUGCGUGUGUGGACAAAGCUAAGGUAGAAGAAAGUGAAAAAAAAGCAGCAGAAUUUUCCAAAAAGUUUGAUGAAGAGUUCACAGCUCGACAGGAGGCACAGGCUGAACUUCAGAAACGAGAGGAGAAAAUCAAAGAGCUUGAAACAGAAAUCAAACAGCUACAAACGCAGGUGAAAAAUACUCCUACACAUCAGGCUCCAGGCCUGACAGGUCAACUGACAGAAGCGCCACCACCACCUCCACCCUUGCCAAGUGAGAUGGUGCCACCACCGCCACCACCUCCGCCACCACCUCCACCUCCUUUGUUACCUGCUGGAGCGGCUCCUCCUCCUCCUCCUCCUCCACCUUUGUGUGGGCCUCCAAUGCCACCAUCUCUUCGAGGUGCUCCUGCUUUUCCUCCCCUUCCAGUGAUACCAGCAUUACCACAUGGAAUGAAGGAGAAGAAAAAGUAUAAGCCAGAAGUCUCUAUGAAAAGAAUCAACUGGUCAAAGGUUGAGCCUCACGAAAUAACGGAAUGCAGCUUUUGGGUAAAAGCUAGAGAAGAUAAAUUUGAAAGCCCAGAUAUGUUUGCAAAAUUAGCACUCACCUUUGGAACACAAAUGAAAGCUAAAAGGGCACUAGAAGAAACAGAAGAAAAGAAAACACUUCAGCCAAAGAAAAAGAUUAAAGAAUUAAGAAUUUUGGAUGGAAAGACUGCACAAAACUUAUCAAUAUUUUUGGGAUCUUUUCGUAUGCCUUACGAAGAAAUAAAAAGUAUAAUUUUAGAGGUUGACGAAGAGAAGCUGAGUGAAUCCUUGAUUCAGAGCCUAGUAAAGAAUCUUCCGGAGCAGAAAGAGCUCAAUGCCUUAGCCCAGUUAAAGGAUGAAUAUAGCGAUCUUUGCGAGCCAGAACAAUUUGGAAUUGUUAUGAGUUCAGUGAAAAUGUUGCGGUCACGUCUGAACGGGAUUCUUUUCAGGCUUAUGUUUGAAGAGCAUGUAAACAAUAUCAAACCUGACAUUAUGGCAGUUACACUAGCUUGUGAAGAGCUGAAGAAGAGUGAAAGCUUCAGUAGGCUUUUAGAGUUAGUGCUAUUGGUUGGAAACUACAUGAACUCUGGCUCUAGAAAUGCACAGUCUCUUGGUUUUAACAUCAGUUUUCUUUGCAAGAUUAGAGAUACUAAAUCAUCGGAUCAGAAAACAACCCUAUUGCAUUUUCUGGUAGAGAUCUGUGAGGAGAAUUAUCAGGAUAUUUUAAAAUUCCCAGAUGAAUUGGAGCAUGUUGAAAGUGCAAGCAAAGUUUCAGCCCAGAAUCUCAAGAGCAACCUUGAUUCAAUGGGCCAUCAGAUCCAGCGCCUCGAAAAUGACAUUGAGCAUUUCCCUAAAACAAAAGACGCACAUGAUAAGUUUGUUGAAAAGAUGAGCAGCUUUGCUAAGAGUGCCCGAGACCAAUACGAAAAAUUGUCCAAUAUGCACAACAACAUGACUAAGUUGUAUGAAAACUUGGGAGAAUACUUCACCUUUGAUCCCAAAGCAAUAAGCAUAGAAGAAUUCUUUGGUGAUCUGAGCAACUUCAGAACCCUAUUUUUGGAGGCAUUAAAAGACAACAACAAAAAAAGAGAACUAGAGGAGAAAACUAAGAGAGCCAAGCUGGCAAAAGAGAAGGCUGAACGAGAGAAACUGGAGCGGCAGAAGAAGAAGCAGCAGUUGAUUGAUAUGAACAAAGAGGGCGAUGAGACAGGAGUGAUGGAUAAUCUGCUGGAGGCCUUGCAGUCGGGAGCAGCAUUCAGGGAUCGCAGGAAACGAACACCAAGAAGCCAGGAUAACAGACGAGUAACUUUGGAAAGGUCUCGUUCUCGCCACAAUGGAACGAUCACAGCUGUAUGAUUCCUCUGAUGCCAAAGAAUUAGUGAAUUGUUUUAUUUACAAUAAAAUUGGUAUACUUUGAAAACAGUUUAACAAACAAAUUGGUAAUAAUCAUAAAUGAAUACUGGUAUUGAUUAAAUCAAAAGAUGUAUAAAUGUGAUGUAUUUUUAAAGCUAUUACUAAAUACUACACAUACUGUAUUUUAGUACCCCAACUACCAAGAUCUGUAAACAGUGUUAAACAACAGGCUCUUUAUCUUAUUUUCUUAUGUUACUUUAUUUUUAUUUUUUUUAAGCUGGCAGUUUACCUGAAAGGAGUUGGGGAGUUUUAGGAAGUCUUAUAUGGAUAAUAAAAUAAAAAUUUGUUGAAAUAAUACAGCUGUGGACAGGAUCAGGUCAUGGAAAGGACAUGACUCCAUUUGCAGUUCUGAUUUGGACAUGAAAGGAGAAAAGAAAUUAGUAUAUAAAUGAAUUCAGACAUGAGCUGAUACGUAUUAUCAGAGUCAUUUUUGUAACCGUGCAAAAGCAAUGCACAGCCCCAGUCAGGUUGCUGAAAAUCUUAUCUCAGUGUAAAGCCUAGUGGAUUCAGCUGUUUGGCUGCAAGUAGGAUUUACCACAUAGCUACACUUUUGGUGAUUUGAUGAUGUAUAGUUAUUUAUCACUGCUAAAAAAAAAAAAAUUAAAAAAAAAUAAAUCAGAGCAUAGGAUUUUACCAAAGUUAAAUAAUACCAAGGGCGUAAUAUGUUUUUAACUGUAUCUUAGGAGGGAUUUUCUAAUUAUGCACUUAAUAUAUUCUUUAUACAAGUAUUUUUGGGGAAAAUAUAAUUGUCCUUAUUUUAAUUGCUCUAAAAAUACUUUACCUUUGUUUAAGUUUUUAGAGAAAAGCAACAUUAUAAAUCUAUUCAGAACUGCCUCUGAGUUUUUCCUCUGUUUCUCAGGUAAAAUAUGUAGUGGGAUCUCUACUGGUGGAUUUUAGUGCUGAGGGCUAAGCAGAUAAAAAAACAAAUUUUCUACCUGGAGCACUGUGCAGCAGUGAACAAUGAUUGCAGCAGUCCGAUUUUUCGGGAAUCUCCUUCCAAUCUCCGUGGUGUGCCAGCCCCUGCACCGCAGUACCUCAGGUGAGCAGUCAGCUUAGUAGCAGACACCGUGUAUGUUCUGCCACUCAAUGGUAAACUGCCAUUACCUAUUUCCCCCAGACUCUAGUUGAAUAUACAGCCUGUGGUGGUGGUUAGGUUGGUCCUCACCAUCCUUUGUGCUAGAGGCUUACUGUUUAUCUGCAUGGAGUGGAAGACUUUAAGUGGGAGGUCUAGUGGAACCGCUCCUGUGCUGCUCAGCUAUAACCUUUUCAAAAACAGGAUACGAUGUAGUAGAUGGCACUUGUUCUCAAAUUAUUGCUUUUCACUGACUGAUGAAUUAUUAUGAAUAUUUUUAUUGCCUGAGGCUAUGGGGAACUUUUUUUUUUAAUGUUAUGUAAACAGUGUUUGGAAGGUAAGGUGUCACAUUGUUUUUUUGUGCACUAACUGCUAACUUUAGAGGAGCAUUCAAUAUUGGGGCAGUAUAACUUUGCACUACUGCUUGAGCCAAGCAUCUUUGUACAGUAGAUUCUUUUUGCUUUUCUAGUAAGAUACUGUAAAGAUUAGCUGACUAGUUUGGGAUAAAUUCUUAUAAUUUCAGACUCUAAUGAUCAAUAUCCAAUUAUUGCAAGAAAAGAUACAGCUCAUUUUCAGUCUACUAUUGAAAUAAAAGAAAAAAAUUCCAUGGGCUUCAAAGAAAACAAGGUUUUUGCCCAUUGCUAUAUCUCUAGACAUAGGAAUGUGAUUGAAGCCUAGUGAAAUGUGUACUGUCAACUAAUACUCUACCUAAAUUGUUUGGGACUUUUUUCUGUCUUUUAGUAAGAGUUACGUGGUACUUCUGGGAAAAAAAAAUUGCAUGUAACAGGAUUCUGUCUCCUAGUUUUUCAGGAAGAGAUACAAAUAAUUGUAUUGUUUUGUAUAAGUUCAACAUCAACCUUGUAUCGAAGCAUAACUUUUUAAAUUGGAAUAUUAAAUUUACAGUUAUACAAUGUGUUUAAUGUACAAAGCUAAUGUAAAAGGAUUAGGUGCAUAAUGACUAUAUGAAUUUGUACUACAAUGAAACAGUGUAUUCCAAUUCAAUUUUUAAAAUAAGUGUUUUGCUGGGAUUUACAAAUACUGGUGUAAUCUUUGUAUGUGAAAACUCAACAGCUCAAAUUAGAAUCUUUAUACCAUAGCAGUAAUUAUUAAUGUACCAGUUUUCCAUUUCCAUUAGUUGUAUUUUUUAAAAGCUCUGUAAGAGCUGACUACAGAUUCUGAAGAACCAAAUGUUAGCAAAAAGCAAAUCCAAAAUAAUAACAUCAUUCGAUAUUUCUAUUUUACUACUUUUUUGCGUAUUUGAAACAUUUAUAUAAUUUCAUGGGCAUAUCUGUUAGAAUGAAAGUGUCUCUCAAAGGAAAAUGACUUUAGAAGAUAAUUUAUGUAAAUAUAGGGUGCUUGUAUUUAUGAAGUCUAAAAUAUUUUCUGAAAUUGAUGCUGGUCACUUUGUCUUUUGAUAGUUUUUCAGUCUAUAUUAAAUUGCAGAUAUUUUUGAUGUUUUUAUUAUUGAUAUAAUUUUCAGAAUUGUCACAUGUUUAUCUAGUAUCCUAGAAGAGUAGCACCUUCUUCAGAAAUGCACUUGCCUUAUUUUCUAAUUUUAAAAAAUGAAAUAUAUCAGUUAAAUUAUAUUUGUAUUCAAGGUAAUCCCAGAAGGUAAAUCGCUGGAGAAUUCAUACAUAAAUUUCUUGCUAAUUAUGUUUCACUAUAUGUCCUCUGAGAUAUUGCAUUAACAAUAUACCAGCACAUCUGUUUGCAUUCACAUUUUAUCAGUUUUAAGUACUGAAGAGAUUUUUUAUGAUGUUACACUGUUUACAUUUCUUAGUUUUUUAAGAGGAAAAUAUUGUUACCUUUGAAAUGAAUUGAACUAAUUUUGCAAUUGACAUGGAAAUGAAACGUUUAAGUCAUAUACAAAUAUAUAUCUCUGUUGCUUAAAACUACUGGCUGUUCAGAUCAGAAAUGUAAAGACACUAGACUUUAUUUGCUCAAGUUUUAUGCAGUUUGCUCAGAAAACAAGUGCAACACAAUUCAUAUCAUGUAUGUUUGUCUGGUAUUCAGCAAAUGUCCUUUCCCUACACAAAAGUGAUGUUUUUUUAAAAAAAAUGUUAACUGUAUUUUGAACUGAUACUGUAGCCAAAACAAAACGAGUGCCUCAGAAGGCAUUGGCAAACAACUUCAAAAAGUAUUGCUGGAAAUACUAUUACGUAAUUUGUUCUGGCUUUAGGCAACUGUGGUAAAUAUCAAAAAUGUUAUAUGAAAUUAUCUAUUCUUUUUUGAAAACUUAGAUACAAAUGCAAACAUUUCCAUAGUUCCCUUUUAUAAUAUGCAAAUAGUUAUGAAUGUAUGUCUGUUCUUGCAUUUUGUGUGUGGUCUAUGUACUACCUCAGACAAGUGCUGCAAAAACCAUAAUGUUUUCAUGGUUUCUAUCCAGACCACAAUUCAUCAGUGGCCUACUUUAAAGUCAUCCCACAAUUUACAAAUGGUUUGCAGAACUUUAAGAAUCUGGCUGAGAUUUAGGUUGGGCUGUCAAAAUCCUCCUGUCUGUAGCAUUCAUUAAGAAAACUUUGCAGUGUUUGGCUUUUGCAUCCCUCAGGCACAAAGGAUCUUGCUUUGACAGGUGAAUUUAGUACUUCCUAUAUGGAGAAUUAUAUAGCUAGUAAAUAUUUAAAGCUGGUAAUAGUUAUGUGGGAGCAAACUUAUCUGUACAUGUAAAUUGCUUCUUAUCCAUUAAACAAAGUCUUGGCUGAAUUGUGCUUUAAUGUUUGUCUUCAAAUUGCUGAAAGGUCAGGCAUAAUAAAUGCUAAGAGACAAAGCAGUGUAAAGGUAUCACAUCUCUUAUGUGCCAUAAUGUAUUUGCACAUUCUGCAAUUUAAAAUAAGUAUUGUAAGAAACCUCCACAUCUCCUCUUCUACAGUAUCUACAUUCACGCCCACACAUGCACAAAAACGGAAGUAAAAAAAAAAAAAUUCCUCAAAGCAGCUAAAGCCAAAUCCCUCAGCUUCAGGUGUCUCUGUUUCAGAACACAUUGCUUUCGUGCACAAGAAAGGAAGUUGUGCAAGUCUUCUGCUCAAUUCUGCAGUCCUGCAAGCUGUUGCUCAAGCACUGACUGAUGCCAUUAGAAAAAUAUUAAUAGGGAAAGUUCUUGCAGUACUUAUUUUAGCAUGUUUGGGGUGAUACAUAUGCCACAGAAUGUGAACAAUAAUCUAUUACAGUUUAGUUAUGGUCUGUUACAUGCACCAUUUGGUUUCCCAUUUGGAAGUUAUAUGACUCCUGAUGCCAAAAAAAGGAAAAAAAAAAAAAGUGACAAAACUCAAAAUUUCUGUUAUUUAACCAGCUCUGUGUUGGUAAGUUAUGUUUAAAAUAAGAAUUUGAUGAAAUCGCAGCCUGGCCAUUGUUAAUCCAUGUAUUCUGAAAACUGUAAUAAAGAUAUAUGUAACAUGAUUUUGUUCUGUGAACCAAUGUUUUACUUGUUUAUAGUAACUGUUACCUACUGAGUAUCAUCACCUCAAAAAUCUGUUUUCCUUAUGUAACAUGAUUAAAUCAAAAAUUACUUCCCAUUUUA